GAGUGCCGAGAUGUUCUGCACAGACUUCUGCCACAUGUGCCUCUGCCUUCUGAACAGAACCAUCAAGAAUGGCUCCAAAGAUUUGAAAGGGCAGCAGGUGAAAACUCAGCUCCACAAUCCAGCCCUGGAUCAGGAGACUCAGAGGAACUGGCUGAGAAACUGAAAGAAGCUGAGGAAACUCAAAGAGUUCUACAGAAAGACUGUGAGACGUACAAGAAGGUUUUGGCAGAGACAGAGGGCAUCCUGCAGCGCCUCCAGAACAGUGUGGAGCAGGAGGAGUCUCGCUGGAGGGUGAAGCUGGAGCUAUCGCAAGCAGAACUAAGAGAGAUGAGCCAGAAAGUCACAGCUUUGGAGCAAGAGGUUGAGAGACUAACUGAUGAAGCAGAGUUGGAAAAUCUGAGAAGAGAAAAACAGCACUUGGAGUCUGAGUUGGAGAGGGCGGAGCGCGAGAGUGCCACUUAUGUGACAGAAGUCAGAGAGCUCAAAGAUCUGUUGACUGAAUUGCAGACCAGACUUGAUGGCUCAUAUACAGAGGCUAUCAGACAGAAUGAGGAGCUGACUUUGCUGAAAACCCAGCUCACUGAGACGCUGUCGAAGCUGGAGGCAGAAGAAAACGAGAGGCAAAAAGUGGCCGGUGACCUGUAUAAGGCUCAACAGUCUGUUGAUCUGAUCCAAGGAGAGCUCUCAAAAGUGACAGACAAUGCUGAUGACUUGAUCGAGAACAGCAGUCUGUCAUCACAAAGAGAGGAGAUUGACAGAAAGGAGAAAAUGACUGCAGGAUUGGGUCAGACAGUCACCGAACUGCAGCAGCUGCUACAAACUGUCAGCCGGCAACUCACUAAGAGACAGGAGGGGGAGGCUGAUAAAGAUCUGCCCAAGGUAUAGUGAGGCCCCCACGCAGCCACCCUGACUGUAUUACAGAGACCACCUUUGACUUUCGGUCUCAUCCUGACCACAUCACAGCAUACUGUCACACCCAGCCACUUCCUCCCUUUCAACCUCUAUCACUGCACUUGUACUGUAGGCAGCCUCAAACUGACUCUGGCCAAGACGCUGGCAGACCACUCCCAGACUCACUGCUGGCCACAGAGGAGCAGGCAGAGGUUACAGUUAACUCCAGGCACUAUACCAAAAUACACACUAUUCCACUCCCACCACAUUCCUCUUCUUUUAGCAACAAUGCCAGUUAAUUUUUAUUCUAAACUUAAUGACAUCCAGCAUAAUUUAAACUAUGUGGAAACCAUUCCUCUGUUUUAAAUUGCUUGUAUUUUUCACUGAAAUCCUUUUGAGUACUGCAGUAGUUUUGUUGUUAUUUGUCUUAAGAGAGGGCAGUGAUACGAAUUUCCAACUCGACUAAACAAACUUUGGUUUUACAGUCCUUUUCUUCUUAACUUAAAGAUAUGUAGUGUUUAAAUGUAUCAGUUAGGACCUGCUGAAAUACACUAUGUUGUUGAUCUGUAUGCCUCCUGAUCAGAAAACUAUCCAACUGUGCAUCCAUUAUGCAUUUAUUCAUUCAUAGUUCCAUGUUAUACCUUGGCUCAGUACUGGGUGGGAGAAGGGAGAUCAGAAGAGGUCUCAGCAUAUCUGAAGGGUCACUACGUGACUGUAACUAUGGAGAUGCAUGGACAAAUUGUACUCAAGUCUGUACUGUAGCUCCAAACAGAAGGGAGUGUGUGUGACCCUGGCUGUGUACGGCCAGGUCAACAGUGUAGGGGUUUUUAAUCCUACUGCAACUACUCUAGGAAUAAGCGUCCCAUAUCAUCUGUAAUCAGCACUCGCUAUAUUGUUGCUAAGAUCAUUAACACUGAAGAUUUUGUUCUUUUUGUAACGGGUGAUGUUAAUAAAAGGGAUGCUUGAUAAAUCUU